AGGGAGAGAUUUUUCCGUCGUUGGACAGCGCGAUUGGGAAAGGUGAGUACCCACCAGAGUGGUGUGUGGCAAGCCCACAUGUGAAAGAAAAGAACAGCGUCAUCCACUUUCUGGAACUCCUUCGACUCAACCCUUUCUAAGCUAAAUUUCUCACCACUCCUUUUAUGCCUUCUCAAUCUCAUCAUCCAAUUCCAAUUUUUCAUUCUCUCGACAACACCCACUGAAUUUUACGCUCCUUCCGCCUUCACUCACCAACUUUCUUUCCGAUCACUGCCGUUUCCUUUUCCAUUUGCCUCUCUCCAUGCUGUGAGCUUCAUCCGCCGCGAUUCCGUUUUCCUUCAAUGGAGUGGGACAGUGAUUCCGAUCUCAGCGGAGACGACGACGCUUCCUUUAUGCUCAACCAUGAUGACGAUUUCGCCGGACCCCUCCCCUUCCCCGUCCUCCAGACCGCGCCCUGCGGCUUCGUCGUCACCGACGCGCUUGAUCCCGACCACCCUAUCAUAUACGUCAACGCCGUUUUCGAGAUGGUCACCGGUUAUAGUGCAGAAGAAGUGCUCGGUCGCAAUUGCCGUUUCUUGCAGUGUCGAGGUCCAUUUGCUAAGAGAAGGCAUCCAUUGGUGGACUCAACUGUUGUUUCCGAAAUUAGAAGAUGCCUUGACGAAGGGGUUGAAUUCCAAGGUGAGUUGCUGAACUUUAGGAAAGAUGGAUCUCCACUUAUGAACAGAUUGCGUCUGACACCUAUAUAUGGAGAUGAUGAGAUAACUCAUGUCAUUGGAAUCCAGUUCUUCACAGAGGCAAACAUUGAUCUUGGUCCCCUCCCAGGUUCUAAGGUUAAGGAAUAUACUAAAUCAUCAGAUCAAUUUCGUUUGGUGCUUUCCUCAUUGAAUCCUCUUCAUGUUGGGGACCGUAAUGUUACACGUGGAGUUUGUGGAAUAUUGCAAUUAAGUGAUGAGGUAUUGUCUCUCAAGAUACUUGCUCUCUUGACUCCAAGAGAUAUUGCAUCUGUCAGUUCUGUUUGUAGGCAGUUCUAUGAGCUAACAAAAAGCGAAAACCUUUGGAGAAUGGUGUGCCAAAAUGCUUGGGGCAGUGAGACUACACGUGUUUUAGAGACUGUGCCUGGUGCAAGGAGACUUGGAUGGGGUCGGCUGGCAAGAGAACUGACCACUCUUGAAGCAGCAGCUUGGAGGAAACUGACUGUUGGAGGUGUGGUUGAACCUUCACGCUGUAAUUUUAGUGCUUGUGCUGUUGGUAAUAGAGUUGUCCUAUUUGGUGGUGAAGGGGUUAACAUGCAACCUAUGAAUGAUACUUUUGUACUGGAUCUGAAUUCAAGUAAUCCGGAGUGGCAACAUGUCCAGGUGAGUUCUCCUCCCCCUGGUCGGUGGGGCCACACACUUUCUUGUGUUAAUGGUUCUAAUUUAGUUGUAUUUGGAGGCUGUGGAAGGCAGGGCUUGCUCAAUGAUGUGUUUGUUCUGGACCUGGAUGCAAAGCCUCCAACAUGGCGUGAAAUCUCUGGACUGGCACCUCCACUUCCGAGAUCUUGGCAUAGCUCCUGUACACUUGAUGGUACUAAGUUGAUAGUUUCUGGUGGCUGUGCUGAUUCUGGUGUACUCUUGAGUGAUACUUUCCUCCUUGAUCUCUCAAUGGAGAAACCUGUCUGGAGGGAGAUACCAGUAACAUGGACUCCACCUUCGCGUCUGGGUCACACACUAUCCGUUUAUGGUGGUAGGAAAAUACUGAUGUUUGGGGGUCUGGCCAAGAGUGGGCCCCUUCGGUUUCGCUCCAGUGAUGUAUUCACGAUGGAUUUAAGUGAGGAGGAGCCAUGUUGGAGGUCUGUAACGGGGAGUGGAAUGCCAGGUGCUGGAAAUCCAGGAGGCAUAGCUCCCCCUCCUAGACUUGAUCAUGUGGCUGUGACCCUUCCAGGUGGGAGAAUUCUGAUAUUUGGUGGGUCUGUUGCAGGCCUUCAUUCUGCUUCCCAGCUUUACAUACUAGACCCGACUGACGAGAAGCCUACAUGGAGAAUCCUAAACGUACCUGGGCGCCCUCCAAGAUUUGCUUGGGGACAUAGUACAUGUGUUGUUGGAGGGACAAGAGCUAUUGUACUAGGUGGUCAAACUGGGGAGGAAUGGAUGCUAAGUGAUCUCCAUGAACUUUCCUUGGCAUGCUCUGUUAUCUAAAUCCAGUUAAUAAACGGGAAUGGUAUACCGAGGGUAAUGUUAAUCAUUUUAAGGCUGUAAAGGUUUGUAUUGGUCACUGAUAACACUUAACAAGUUCUUGCCCGGUCAGAACAUUUGUGUAUUAGGUCGAUUCAAGGUUUCAUUUUAUUUUAAGGUUAGUUCUGACCUUGGAACUUUUCAUUGAGUGACACAUACCAUGCCUGGUUUUUACGUGGUUGAGAGUUUGCCUUCCAGUGUACACACUGAGUUAUUCUUCCUGAAUAGAUUAUUAGUGUCUGGUAACUAGUAGGUAGUAAUAUAUUUGGGUUGUAGCUCACUUGAUUUCCCCGUCGGUUGCGUUGUUCAAAUUAUGUAAUUUGAACAAUGACAACGUUUAGAGAAAAAAAAAAUCAUGUUUAUACUAAUACAAUUAGGUCCAUUAUAUGUAAUGAAAGUCUCUACUUCUGCAUUGAACAAGUCAGCUGACAUGGUCAUAAAUUGGUUGUAAUGAAGUGUAACUCUGCAAACAGGUGUACAAGGUAGGGAAUCCUGUAGUCUGUACAUAUUUUCCUUUAUUGUGAUAAUAUGGAAUGUGGUAACUUUUGUAUGGUUUA